UUCAAUAUGCGGAUACGAUGAAUAGUUCAGUGCACGAUAGCAAUAGCAUAUGCAUAGUAUAGCCAUGACAAUUAGUAAGGAAGGAAUAUUGUCUUAUUGUGCGGCAGCUGUGGCCUUCCGAUUGGUCAGCUCAGCUUUUAACUUCUAUUACGUCAAAGUGUUUCUCAACAUUUAUCAUAUCGAAGAAUAUUGGUUUCAGAUCGCUCAAGUGUCAUAUCUAAUUUGGAAUGCAAUAAACGACCCAUUGUUUGCCUAUAUACAAGACGGUACAAAUCUGAAAUUUACCAAAACCAGACGAGAAAGUAUUCUUUAUUGUGGGCCAUUAUUUGCGCUUUCUUUUCUGGUACCAUGGAUUCCAUGGGGAGAAAGCAAUAUGAUUGUGGGGCUGCAUUUGAUUGUCUCCCUCUUUCUUUGGGAUACUAUGUUUACCUUCAUGGGUCUUGCUAUGUGCGCACUAUUUACCGAGUUAUCACAGGAACCGGAUGAUCGAAUAGCUCUCACUCGUUAUGCACAAAUCGCAAGCAUUAUUGGGAGUCCUAGUAUAAUGUUACUGGAAUUCACAUCAGAUAAUUUACAUUAUUUCAGAGCUUUUCAAAUGACAACUGUUCUCAUUGCUGUUUGCUCUUGGUUGCUUUUCUUGUAUUCUGGACUUCAUGCUCAUACAAAGUAUGAUAUGAAGAAAAUGAAAAGUGAUGAUGCAGACAUUUCUCAUGAGAAAAAUAUGAAUGAAUCUUUUUGGAAACAGGCUUGUCAGAUUUUAUCAGACCGAAAUUUUAUAGCGUUUGUAAUAACUAACUUUUUUCAUGGAUUACACAAGGCAUUUCUAUCAAGCUUUAUGGUAAUAGUAUGUGACCAACUUAUAUCUGAUGAAGUUAUUUCUGCAAGUAUUCGGAAGACUUUCUACGGUGCAAUAGGAAUAAUUUCAACAAUAAUUGUGAUUAUUGGAGCACCAUUACUUCGGAAAUAUUCCUACUUCAAAGUGAUAAGAUAUAGUUAUGUUUAUACUGUGUUGGCAGGGUUGGUUAUGUUUUGCAUAGGCCAAAAUCAUCCAUGGUGUUUGAUGCUGUUCCUUCUAAUGGAUAGCUGUGCUUCUGGUGCUACUUUUGGACUUUUCAAUUUGCCACUAGCAGACAUAGCUGAUGAAAACAAAAGAAAGUAUAGGAGAAAACAUCCUAUAUCAUCCAUGGUAUUUGGCACCAAUGCAUUGAUAACCAAGCCAGCUUUCUCAUUGUCACCAAUGUUUGCGGUUUCAAUAUUAAAUUUGUAUGGAUAUAACGAACUUAAAGUUAAGACAAAUGUAGCUACACCAGAACUUAAACAAGUUAUGUUUACAUUAAUAUGUUGGUACCCAAUCAUUGUUGGUAUUAUCCAGUUUACUUCAUGGUCAUUUUACCGUGUUAGAUCCAACACAUACCAAGUUAGUCAACUGUAAAGUUGUGUUCAUUAUCUGAAAUUGUAGGUGUGGUCAGAUAAAGUUUUAUUUGUAUCAAAUAGGAAGUGUGUGCACUUAGACAAUAAAUGCAAUAUUGUUAUCAAACAGACUUGUUCUUUGUAAAAGGUUUGUAGAUGUAUAUUAUAGAUUUUCUUUUUAUUAAUAAAAUAGAUCAAGACAUGUU